AUGAACCAAUGUAUUAAACGAAAUAAAUUCGCGAAUUAUUUUCAACAAAGCUCAAGUAAUUCACUGACUACAUUAAAAUCUGCAUCUAAAAAAGCACCAAUAUCAAAUACAUCAAUCUUAUCAGAACAAAAUUCUUGCUUAGUUGACUUUUGCUCAUGUGAUCCUUUAUAUCAACAACUCAUUGAAAACUCAUCAUCAUCCUCAUCAUCACCAUCGAACACAUCUUCAUCUAUGCAAUUUAUUACCUCAUCAAAUUUACAUAUGCAAAUGCCAGCUAUAUCGGAAAGUAAUCAUUCAAAUAAAAUAUUUACUUCAUCAUCGAAUUCUACAGAAAUUGAUUAUAAAAAUAAUAAUAGAAAAAUAGAUCUUGCUGCAACAAUAAAAAUUCCAAGAAUAACAUUAAUGAAUUCAACAAAUGAACAUCUUCCAAAUACUUCACGAGUGAUUUCAACAUCCAUUCCAGACUCAGAAGUGAUACUAAAUAAGCGACAUCAUUUUUCAACAACUCAUGAAAAUAAUGAUGAUUAUACAACGAAUUAUAAACUUUCAAAUUUUUUUAUAAGAAUCGAACAAAUUCCAAAGGUAUGGAUGAUGGAUAGUAAGAAUGACAAAUGUAUCAAAGAUAAUGAUACUAAUAAAAAAUCUGUAGCAAUCAUCAAUAGAAAAGCACGUGCAUCGCCUGUUCUUCGUAGUUUCCUAAAAUCUUCAAGAAAGCAAGCUGGAACCAAUCUAUUAUCUAAUACAAAAUCAAAUCAAACUGAUAUCAAUGAUAAUCGCAAUAAAAAAAGUCCUCAAUAUCGACCAAGACAAUCUUAUUCUUAUUCAUUAAAAACAAAAAUAACUUCAAAAACUGAGCGAAACAAAACAUUGACAAUGUCAGAACAAUCACGUCGUUCACCAAUACUUUCUCGGCGUCCACAACUACAAAUAGAAAGAAUAACAGAUUUUGAUUUUGAUAUUGACACAACACAUUUAACAAUACUACCAAUGUCAACAAUUGCAUUGGAUACAAAUGAAAGUAUUGUCUCAAUGAGUGAUCAGGAGAAAAAUCAACCAUUUAAUGAAAAUCAAACGAUAAAAUCUUUAUCUUCAUCAACAGUGAAAAAGAACAAUAAACGUUCGUUUGAAUCUUCAUCAUGUGAACAAAUUUUUGUAAAACGACGUUAUCACAAAACAAUACCAACUAUUAUUACUCAAAAAUAUCUUUGCAUAUCAUAUCCAAAAGAUAUUCCAAGAUGUGUUGAUUGUCGCACAAACACUGCAUCAGCUGUAUCUACGCAACUAGCUAGUUGUCGAUUUCAGCAUUGUCGAACAUUAAAAUAUGUUGGUGAUGACAAAUACGAAAUUGAAGGAUUUACAACAAUAGAUAAGGCGAAAUCUAAAGAUAUCCAAUAUUUACUGAUACCAAAUUCAGGCGAUCAACCACCAUUAAACUUUACGAACGCAAAUUAUAUAUUUAUACAAUUAGCAAAAAUUUUUUGUUUAAUAUUUCUACAUGAAGAAAAUGUUCGAUCAACACAAAACCAAAAAUCAAUUGUUUGGAAACAAUAUAUGGCUGGUUGGAGAGAAGUUUGCGAUGAAUGUUCAACGACACUUUUUAAUUAUCAUUAUAUGUGUAAAGAAUGUGGAUAUAUGCUUUGUAUUGAGUGUUCAAAUGAAUUAUCUCAAAUAAGCGGUGAAAAAAGAAAAAAAAUUAAACGACUUUGCACUCAUGACAAUACAUAUUCAUUAUCAGAAUUUUUUCCAUGGGAAUCUUUGAUUAAAUUACGCAAGGAUUGCAGUGAUUAUUUAUCUAAAUUAAAAAUGGAUUGUUCAAUACAAUUAUAUCCAUCAUUGAAAAAUGAAAAUCUUUCAGUAUUUAUAAAAAGUUUAAAAGUAAAAAGAUCCGCCGAUAUGCGUCAUGUAAAACCAAAUUGGUCAUCGAUUGAUUGUAAUUAUGAUUCAAAUAUUCAAUUUUAUUGUGAUGGUCGUCUACCAGUUUUUAACGAAUGGACAAGCGAAAAUGCGAAGUGUUUUUUUCGAAAAGUUUGGUCAGCAAGUUGUCCAGUACUAGUCAAACGAGUUCAUCAUAAUUUAUCUAAAACGCUAUGGCAUCCUAAUUCAUUUAAAUUACAUAUGACUGAUCAUCAUGAAACACCAUUAUUAUGGGAUUGUGAAACAUUGGCACCCAUUCAAACUAAUGAAGAAAUUUUGAAGAAUUUUUGGGAGGGAUUCGAACGUUUAGAUAUUCGUUUGAAAGAUGAUGAACAUGGUGGACGAUCACGUAUACUUAAAUUAAAAGAUUGGCCAACAAAAAAGGAUUUUGCAUCUGUUUUUCCAGAACGCUUGCAUGAUCUGAUGAGUAAUAUUCCCUUUAGUGAUUAUACACGACGAUCGUAUAUACAUGAGGGUGUUACAUAUAAUGCUGGUGUUCUUAAUAUUGUUGAACGCUUACCCACAAGUGUAGUUAAACCUGAUCUUGGACCAAAACUUUAUAUUGCUUAUAGUCAACUUAAAAGUAAAGAAUCGAAAAAAGCAGGAACAACUAACCUUCAUAUUGAUGUAUCCGAUGCUGUGAAUGUUCUUGUCUAUGUUGGUAUAGGCGGCCGUGGAAAUGACGGAUCCGAUAAAGAAGAAGAAAUCCGACAAGUAGAGGUAGAAAUACUUGGUUCGAAUAUUGAUGAAGCUCAAUUACAACGAUUAAGAAAUGGAGAAAGACCUGGUGCACUUUGGCAUUUAUUUCGUUCUGAUGAUGCGAACAAAAUUCGUGAAUAUAUUAGCCGAAAUCAACGUAAAAUUUCUGGUUCUGAUUCUAUACAUGAUCAAACAGCAUAUUUAGAACAAGAAGAUUUAGAAAAAUUACGAGAUUUAAGCAACGUCGAAGCAUAUCCAGUAUUGCAAUUUUUUGGUGAUGCAGUUUUCAUUCCAAGUGGUGCGCCACAUCAAGUAAAAAAUUUACAUUCAUGCAUAAAAAUUGCUGAAGAUUUUGUUUCACCGGAAAAUCUUGAUCGAUGCUUAAUAACAACAAACGAAUUUCGAUCAUUAUCAAAAACUCAUACAAAUCAUGCUGAUAUUUUGCAGGCCAAAAAUAUUCUCUUUUAUACAAUACGUGAUGCAUUAAAUUCACUGUCCGAAUCAAAUGGAAGUGAAACCACACAGGAAACUUCCAUAUUAGGUGUUCUUAAUUAA